AUGCGCAACCCUCUGGGGCAAGAAAGCAAGCAUGCGUUUCUGGCUACUCCCCCUUCAUCACCACCGUCCAGCAUGACUAUGAUCGAUCAGCCUGUUGAUGAUGGCUGGUUGGACAUCGCCAAACAGCCCCACGGGGCUACCAAGGCGUUGAAGCAGGCCAGGUCCCUCCACAUCACGUUCAAGCAAGUCACUAGGGCACUUUCGACCCUACGCGGCAUCGACACGGAUACCGACGCGGGAGGACGGUGGGCCUCAGACAGCAAUGAGAUCGAGUCCGAAAUCGAAUGCACUCCUGUCCAACAAGAGCAGCUGCGGCGUGACCCCGAUGUCGCGAAAAGACCCACCGUCGUCCGUCUAGACCUGUCCACCGACAUAGUCAAGAGCUUCGACCAACUCCAUGAAGCGUGGCAUGCUCUGGCCCAACAGCACCAUAUCCUACGAUCCACCAUCGUGAAGGAAAAGAACAAUGACGACUUCGUCCUCCGCAUCUUCAAACGGCCGAGAAAUGUACGGGGUGGCUUUGACGCCAACUUUGAACAUAUCCACACCUUUGGCUUCCAGGGGCCCGCGAUGCUGGUCGUCGAAUGGGCGAGCUUUGCUCCCCAUGUUACCCUCUGUCUGCCACAACUCGUCGCGGAUAGCACCUCGUUGGGGCAUCUUUGGAGGGACUUCCUAUCUCUAUUGUCGGGUUGGAUCCCGCCACCGAGGCUCACAUUCCCACAGUACCUGAGCCUAGCCACGAGAAAGACCAGCCAGGAGUCCGCGAACCAGUUUUGGGACAAGACACUCGGCUCCCUCCCCGACCUCGUCCUUCACUCGUUUCCCCUCGAACGGCACCAGAUCUCCCAAACCACUCGAGCUACCAGCCCCGUCUCCAUCAGUGGAUCCUCCCUCCGACGAUGCGCGAAGCAGCUCGGCGUUUCCGAAUAUGCCGUUGUGUAUGCUGCCCUGGGUUUGGUGCUGGAUCGCCAUUGCAACCUGGGAAGCGAGGUACACGACAUCGCCUUCGUAGCCGAGGGAAGAAACAAAACCAUCAAGGGUCACGAGUCAGUCAUAGGCUACAUUGAUCAGGAAUACCCGCUCAGGCUCCAGAUGAACCCCGAGCUCACUGCAGCUGCGGUCAUCAAGGAGGCCGACCGUCUCAACACGCUGUCGGCAACACAUGCCUUCUUUGCUGGCUCGGAACUCUUGGACGCCGUUUCGACAAUCGAUUUCAAGCUUUCCGUUCUUGUUGGAGACGAAGAAGCUCUCCCAGCCGCUUUCGACCCCAGCAACCGUCCUAUGGGUAUUGCGGUGCAGAUCAGCCAUGCGGUAUCCAUCGUUGCGCAGCACGACACGGCGGUCCCGGUUGAGAAAGUCAAGGUUGUCCUCGAUCAUCUCACCAUGGCACUCUCGGAGAUGGUCAAGCAUCCCAACUUCUUCAUCAGUGAGAUCGAGAUAAUCUCCGCUCCGGAACUAGACCUCAUCCUCGAGAUGGGUAUGCCUCUCACUAUUCCUUCUCACGAUAACGUCCAGAAGCUCUUCGAACGCCAGGUUCUCCUUACGCCCGACGCCCCUGCCCUGCAGUUCGAGGGGAACCGGCCUCUGUCAUACGAUGAGCUGAAUCGCAUCGGCAACAAGGUUGCUCGACACCUGCCCGUCGGUAGGGGCUCCUUUGUCCCCGUAUGCCUCCAGCGAUCGGCGAACCUCAUCAUUUCCCUGGUCGCCAUACUUAAGACAGGGGCUGCCUAUGUCACGAUAGAUCCCGACACGCCGCAGGAGAGAAACAACUUCAUAAUCGAGGACGUUGGAGCCCAAGUUGUGAUUGUCGAUAAAACCACUGCAGGCCGGUUCCCGGGCCGAGAGGUAGUCAUCGAGGAGCUCAUCGCCGAGUCGGUUAGAGCCCAAGACACAAACCUUGACCGGGUCUGUGACCCCAGUGACCCCGUCUACGUGAUUUACACAUCCGGGUCGACGGGAAAGCCCAAGGGCGUGCUUCACGUUCACUCCUCGGCCACAUCCGGUCUGGCAGCCUUCCCGACGCUGCCUGACCUUCGUCAACUCCUUUUCCACAACCCUGUCUUCUCGGCAGCGCAGCGGUCGGUGUGGUCGACUCUCAAGCAGGGAGGCUGUUUGUGCCUUGCCAGCAAAGAGAACCUCACUGUCCACAUCGGGCGCACCAUCAACCAAAUGGAGAUCAACGUCAUUGACGUUACGCCUUCGACCGCGCUCCUCCUCACCCCCGGUACUGUCCCCUGUCUCAAGCGGAUGACAGUUGCCGGUGAGCUGAUCAACCCUGCUCUCAUCCCGACUUGGGUCAACGAGCUGGAGCUGCUGAACGCUUAUGGCUUGAGUGAGAACACCCAAGUCAACUGGAGACGCGAGAUGGUACUCGGUCAGAAUCCGCAGAACAUUGGCCGCCCGAGUGAUACGACAACUUCGUUUGUGCUCGUUCCGGGUACAACCCGUCUUAGCCCCCUGCUCGUCCCAGGUGAGCUCUGUCUCGGCGGUGACCAGCUCGCGCUUCAUUACCUCAACCGCCCGGAAAAGACGGCCGAGGCUUUUAUCGACAAUCCCUUUGGCCCGGGCCGUUUGUACCGGACGGGCGAUAUGGUCGUUGCCCACGAGGACGGGUCUAUCGAGAUGGUCGGCAGGAUUGACUUCCAGGUCAAGAUCAACGGACAGCGUGUCGAGCCUGGGGAUUCCAACACCAUCUUGCAGACCCAUCCCGAUGUCUCCAACUCCAGUGUCGUCGCCUCUGAGAUUGCUGGCCGCAAGUCUCUAGUGGCUGCCAUUGUUGCUAAAACAGGAUCGGCGUUGGAGUGGCCGCGCCUACGGAGCGAGCUCAAGGAGCUGCUGGCCCAACAUAUCCCCAGCUACAUGAUGCCCACCUAUUGGCUCUUGCAGACCGAGCUGCCCCUGAACGUCAACGGCAAGGUCGAUAUCCCGCGACUCACAAAAGACGUCCAGCGUCUCGACAGAGAGUCACUUUUGCGUUUUUCUACCGAUAGUCACAGCCAAGGAUUGAGCGGCACCUCCCGUGACCAAGGCACUGCGCACCUCGCGGAACCUGCACGGAAGCUUUGUGAUAUCCUAGCCACUGUCUUAAAGCUGACUGGCGCACGUAUCACCACAAGCGACAGCACCUUCCAGGAGCUUGGAGGGUCUUCUCUGGACGCUAUUCGUGCCUCGACCAAGGCUUAUCAGGACGACAUUGAAGUGUCCGUGGCAGAUAUCCUUCGACUACCCCUGCAUGCCUUGCUCGAGAAAGCAAAGGUGUUACGAGGGAAGACCCACACAGAUGUCCCUCAGUUCUCGUUGCUGCCACAGAAUGCCAGCGCGAGGAAGAGAGACGACGUCGAAGACGCAUAUCCCACCACCUCGUUACAGGAUAGCUUCUUGGCCGACUCCCUACGAGGAGGGUCGACCUAUGUCUACCGCCGCUACUACCGCUUGAACGGCAUAUCGGCCCAGAAAGUCCGAAAGGCGCUGGGGAGUCUCAUCUCGCGUCUUCCCCUCCUCCGGACAACCUUUAUCCUGAACAAGACAUCCUUCCUCCAACUGGUCAGGAAGACCGUCCCCGCCUUAUCGUGGGACAACUUGCCACACAUGACGGCCCGGGAGUAUUCAGCGCUCGACAAGCAGUCUAUGGAACUAGGCGGCAACUUUGUGCAUUUCGCCAGUCUUCGGGACGGCGUUCUAGCCGUUACUAUGCACCAUGCACUGUUCGACUACUGGUCCAACAACUUCCUUAUUGACGACUUGUCGAACGUGCUGGGCGGAAAGCCGCUUCAACAACGGCCCGCCUACGUCGAUUUUGUGAAUCACACCCUGAAGUCACAAACAACGGAACAGGAACAACUCAAGAAGUUUUGGCGGGACAAGCUCGACGGCGUGCUGCCGACCGUCCUAGGCCAGACCACGUCAGAGAACGUGGUUGUAGAGGCGAUCCUCGCCCAAGAUGUUCAACACAUCGCAGCGUCACACAACGUCUCGAUCGGCUCUCUCAUCUAUGCCGUAUGGGCCGUUGUCCUCUCAAUGCACUCGGGGCGAAAUGAUGUCUUGUUUGGUGCCACGCUGUCCGGCCGCGACGUGCCUGUACAAGGUAUUACCGAUAUGGCUGGACCGACCAUUGCCACGGUCCCGUUCCGUAUCCAGCUAGAUACCGACACGUCCCUUGUCGACUUGGCCAGGACCAUUCAAGACGAGAUCUGGGAUAUUGCGCCCAAAGCCCAGUUUGGGUUGCGCAAUAUCAUCAAGGAAGCGAACUUGACUGCAAAGCACUACGAUACCCUGGUCAACGUGCUCAUCAAGGACACAGAUAAGGUCGAGUCAGCGCGUGAAAACGGUCCGCUCGUGCCCUGUGAGCCUCACGAGCCGAAUUAUGUACCUGAUCACACCAUGCUCGAAGCAGAAGCGAUGACCGGGAGCGGCCUGAGAUUGCGUCUUCUUUCCGGCUUAACACAUGCUAAAGCCUCUCUAAUACUAGGCAAUGUGGCCGAGACCGUCAAGGUCUUUUUAGAACGACCCGAUACCCGCAUCGGCGACAUCGUUCCAACCUCAGUAGAGGAACUCAAGUUCUUGGAUUCCCAGUCUAGCGUUCGUCCUACCGAGCCUGGUCUGACCGCCGUCACCCUUGUCGAUAGGAUUAUCGCCCAGUACCCCGAGAAGACGGCGCUCCAGGAGUUGUCAGACACCACACGCAAAACCGCGCUGUCUUACGGACAGUUUGGUGAUGCCGUCGACCGCCUAGCGCGUUACCUGCGAACCAAGGGGGCCAAGAAGGGAGAUAUCAUCCCUAUUUGCAUGCGCAAGUCCAUCAACACCCUCGUUGCCGUGUUUGGCGUCCUCAAGGCCGGCGCUGCUUUCACCCCGCUCGACCCCAAGAACCCUAGGGACAGAAACGACUUCAUCACACGGGACGUCGGCGCCACUAUUACGAUCACUGAUAGCACACACGCCGACGUGUUUGAGUCGUUUACCGGUGAAGUGAUCAAUCUCGACACCGUCGACACAACUGGAGAUAUAAACACGUUUGCGGGCGAACUCCUGGAACCUUCGGUGCACGAUCUCGCGUACGUCAUUUACACGAGCGGGUCGACGGGCCUCCCCAAGGGCGUGGAGGUGCACCACGGCGCGGUGGGAGCGUCGACCGAGGGCAUGAUCGAGGCCUGCAGCAUCGACAACCGGUGGCAUGUGCUCUGGUUCCUGAACUACGUCUUCGACGCGUCCUAUUUCGACGUCUUCACCGUCCUCAGCUCGGGCGGCACCAUCUCCAUUGCAGACCAGGACACGUUGAUGCAGGAUCUCGCGGCCUGUGUUAACGCGUUUGGGGUUGAGCAGCUGAUGAUCACCCCGACCAUCUCGAAACUGAUCUCUCCCGAACAGGUGCCUACUCUGAAGGCGCUCCUAGUUUGUGGUGAGCCCAUUACCCCUGAGGUUGCCAGUGUAUGGGCGACACGGAUGGAUGUGUACAACGGAUACGGACCCACUGAGGCCACAAUCCUCAUGACCGUGUCCAAGGUUGUGCCCGACGGCAACUUGAAGAGUGUCGGGUACCCGUUGAAGGCGGUCAGGGCCUCAAUUCUCCACCCAGAGCUGCUGGUCCCUGUUCCGUAUGGUACCGUGGGCGAGCUCUGCGUCGGCGGUGACCAGGUUGCUAUCGGCUAUCUAAACCGACCCGAGCUAACGGCCAAGGCAUUCACAACGGUAGCCGAUGGUUCACCAAUCUACCGCACUGGUGACUACGCCCGCUGGCUCCCGUCCGGGGAGAUCGAGUGUCUCGGCCGAAGGGACAACCAGGUCAAGUUGAACGGCUUCCGCAUCGAGCUCGGUGAGAUCGAGAACACCAUCCUGACCCAGGCAGCCGACAUUAUUGAAACAUGCGUUGUCAGAGUGGCCGAAGUCCAACGCAAGAAGCAGAUCGUGGUGUACUACGUACCCGUUGAGAAGCCAGACGCAGAGGUGGGGAGCAGUAACAUGUACUCCACCGCCGUCAUCGACCCAGCAACGAUCGUCGACCGGCUCCAGUCUCUAGCUCACUACAUGAUGCCCAAGGUAUUCUUGCCUCUCAAGAACUUCCCGCUUCUCGCGUCUGGCAAGAUUAACCGAAAGCAACUCGCCGGGCUCGCGGAGGGGCUGGACCCCAAGACUAUGGCAGGCUACUCUAGCACGGCGCCGGUGGCAAACGGGAAGAUCGUGGAUGACUCGGAGUUGACCGAGGAGGAAAGGACACUGCGUGGGGCAUGGGCCGAGUUGUUUGAGGUUUCGCCAGAGACUAUUGACCCGAGCGCGCUAUUCUACCACUACGGCGGUGACUCGAUCGCUGCCAUCAACCUCGGCAGCAUGCUCCGCCACCUCAACUUGUCUCUGUCUGUCAACGACGUUGUCACCUAUCCCUCCCUCAAGGAACAGGCCCAGCGACUCAAGCCGGUCAAGGCGCCCAUGACGUCCGCCCUGGCGGUCAAGCUGGAGGUGAACCAACUGGUUAAAGACAAGCUGCAGGCAUCCGGCCUGUCUGAUGACGAUAUUGAGGACAUCUAUCCUUGCGGCCCCGGUCAGGUGGAGUUCUUGACGCAGGGUCACACCGAAGACCAGUUCUGGAUGCUGAUGACGGUGCGCCGUCUCCCAACCGGCUUCGACCUGGACCGCUGGAUAGAGCUCACGCGGGGGCUCACCCAGGCGAACCAGAUCCUGCGCGCCAUGUACAUGAAGCAGGAUGACGCAGACCCUCUCAGCUGGGUACAAAUCAUCCUCAAGGAGCCUGUGAUGGAUCUGGCGGUCGUCGAUUGCCAGAGCGGCGCCGACUCGGAGGAAAAGAACAAACUGAUCCUCAACCACUGGGACCAGCGCUUCUCCAUCGGCCGGCCCUUCGUGCGCUACCUCGUCCUCCGGUACCCUGACGGCAGCAUGGACCUCGCCACCAAGCUCGACCACGCCAUGUACGACGGCACACUACUGCGCAUCUUCGACGACCAGUUCGCGGCCCUCCGCGACGGCCAACCCAUGCCCGUGUCCCCCACCCCCUUCCGCACCUUCGUCGAGUACACCAACCAGCCCGAAUUGCGCGACCCCAUGCUCUCCUUCUGGAAAACCACCCUCGCCACCCCCAACCCCUUCACCUUCCCCUCGCACAUCGCCCACCCCAAAGUCAGCGCCGUCGCGCUCGCCCGCACCUCCAUCCCCGUCAACGCCUACGCCCGCACCGCCGGCGUGACCGCCAGCAUCGUCUUCCAGGCCGCCUACAGCAUCCUGCUCGCGCGGCUCAGCAACUCCCCCGCCGACGUCACCUACGACUACCUCCUCACCGGCCGCAACGUCGACCUCGACGACCCGCAGCUGAUCAACGGGACGUGCGCCAACUUCUUGCCCUUCCGCGCGCGCAUCAACAGCGGUGGCAGUGGUGGUGCUGGCGCGACUGAUAGCAGCGUGCAGGCGCUGCUGAAGGAUACGCAGUCCGGGUUCUGGGCCAUGACGGAGAACGGGUCGGUCGCGCUGGGCGAUAUCUACAAGCACGCGCUGGGGGGCGUGGAUCGCGCGGCGUACGGGGCCAAGACGCUGUUCUUGUUCCAGCCGUUUGAGCCGGCGCCGGCGGAGCAGGAUAAUAUGCGGUGGAUUGUCAUGGCGAUGAGCAAGGUGACCAUGUACGUGAAUUAUGCGGUCAUGUUUGAGGUGUUUAAGGAUGUGGAUGGGGGGCAUAAGCUGAAGAUGGGCUAUGAUGGGAGGUUGUUCACGGCGGAGGAGGCGAAGGGGGUGUUGGAGACGUAUCUGGAGAUUGUGCAGGAUAUUGUGGAUGGGAGGAAGACGGAGGUGAGCGAGCUGUUGGGUUGA